AUGGCCUACGACACGUCCAGCGGAGUACACCAGGGUCCUUUGGUAUCGCGAGAACUGAUCACUUACUAUUGCAAAGACAUUGAUCUGCCAAAGAAGCCCUCGGAAAUCGGCGUCAUUAAGCGCCUCUUCCUCGACCCCUCCGCAUCCCACCUAAUCGUAACCACUACGCUCGCCGAGAACUACUAUCUGCACACUCAGUCGAGAACACCAAAGGCCUUGUCGCGGCUGAAGGGUGUCGUUAUAGAGAGCAUAUCAUGGAAUCCAUCGCAGCCUACCGCAUCGACCCGCGAGAUACUGGUAGGAGCUUCGGACGGCAACGUGUAUGAGGUAUACAUCGAGCCCUCUUCCGAGUUCUAUCGGAGAGAGGAGAGGUAUUUGAAAAGUGUAUACAGAACCAAUGAUGGCCCUAUCACAGGCUUGUGGACGGAUACUGUGCCUGGCAGGACAGAUCUACGGCGUAUCAUCGUUGCGACACCUUCGACCUUUCUGCACUUCGCAGGCAAGGUUGGACGCCAGGGACAAGAAGGAAGUGGUUCUAUCUUUUCGAAGCUCUUCGAAAGUGAGUCUGCGACUGUUCAUGAGGUCUCAAAUGUGGCACCUACCGCAACUUCGCUGCUUGCCGUCUCUCCCGAGCACCAAGACGCCACCAACCGUGAUGAUUCGCACACGGAGAGGAUAUUUGGCUGGCUUACGUCGCAGGGAGUGCUCCACGGCAAGCUUUAUUUGUCACAAGACACGUCUGAGCUUGGUGGCAAGGUUCUUGGCGACUCAAAAAUGCUGCCUAGAUCGCAGGUGCCACCUUCGCAGACAGCUAGUGGACGUACAAGAAGGACACAGGACGCCGUCAGCUCCAUGAUACUGAGUCAGUGGCACAUCUUGCAACUCGUUGAAGGCAGGAUUGUUGCCAUCAAUCGUCUCGACGACACCAUUGUCCUUGACCAGGUUGUACUGGAGCCUGGACAAAGUGCGCUUGGCCUCGUAGCCGAUCUGAAGAAGAACACCUAUUGGCUCUUCACGACACAGGAAAUCUUCGAAGUGGUGGUUACAGAUGAGAGUAGAGACGUCUGGAAGAUCAUGCUCAAGGCGCAACAGUUCGAGGCGGCUUCGCAGUAUGCCAAAACACCAGCACAAAAGGACGCAGUCGCAACAGCAUCUGGUGACUAUCUCGUCGGAAAGAACCAAUACAUGGAAGCUGCAACAGUCUACGGCCGAAGUACAAAGCCUUUCGAACAAGUCGCCUUGACCUUUAUCGACAAUGGUGAACAAGACGCUCUGCGUAAAUACCUUGUGACUAAGCUGUCGACGCUGAAGAAAUCCUCAAUCAUGCAAAGGACCAUGGUGGCAACCUGGCUGAUUGAGAUUUACAUGGCAAAGCUCAAUACCCUCGACGACACCAUUACGACAAAAGCAGAGCUCUCUGAAAGCAUGAACACUGCCGAGACUCACGAUCAGCUAUCGGUCAUCAGGAAAGAAUACCAAGACUUUGUAACCAGGUACAAGACCGAUUUGGACCGCAAGACGGUUUAUGAGAUCAUCAGUAGCCAUGGUCGCGAAGAGGAACUGCUAUUCUUUGCCACAGUGGUGAACGAUUACAACUACGUCUUGUCAUACUGGGUACAGCGAGAGAGAUGGCAAGAGUCGCUAGCCGUUCUCAAGAAGCAGACCGACCCCGAGAUAUUCUACAAGUACAGCAGUGUACUGAUGGCACAUGUACCAGUCGAGCUCGUAGACGUUAUGAUGCGCCACUCAACCUUUGAUGCUCAAAAGCUCAUCCCGGCAUUCCUGAACUACAACAACCACACCAAAGCCUCGCUGAACCAGAACCAAGCAGUCCGCUACCUGCUCUUUGAGAUCAACCAGCACAACUCGACAGACGCGGCAAUCCACAACACGCUCAUCUCCAUCUACGCAUCACACCCCACAAAAGACGAAUCAGCACUUCUCGCCUACCUCGAAGGCCAAUCCCUCGCACACGAGCAAAACUACGACGCCGACUUCGCUCUCCGCCUCUGCAUCCAACACAAGCGCGUCCAAUCCUGCGUGCACAUCUACAGUUCCAUGCAGCAAUAUGCACAAGCCGUCGACCUGGCCCUAAAAUACGACCAAGUUGACCUCGCCAGCACCGUCGCCGACCGAUCAAACACAUCACCGCCCCUCCGCAAAAAACUCUGGCUCGCAAUUGCCAAAAAAGUAAUCUCGCAAUCCUCAGGCAUCAAAACCGCAAUCGAAUUCUUGCGGCGCGUCGACCUUCUCCGCAUCGAAGACCUCAUACCCUUUUUCCCCGACUUUGUCGUCAUCGACGACUUCAAGGAAGAAAUCUGCGCCGCCCUCGAGGACUACUCGCGCAAAAUCGAUGGCCUCAAACAGGAAAUGGAUGACUCUGAGGCGACGGCUACGCAUAUCAAGGAGGAUAUUAAGGCCCUGGAGCAGCGUUAUGCUAUCGUUGACCGGGUCGUUGAGCUUGCGGGUAUUGCGAGGGGCAAGCGUAUUGCGGAGUUGCAGGUUGAGGUACAGAAGGGUAUUAAGACGGGUGUGGGGAGGGAAAGGGCGAUUAGGGAGUUGGAUGCUCUGGUUGGGAGUAGUUGUGUGUUAUGCAGCGACUUGGCGGUCAAACUCGUCAAUGAACCGUUUAUCAGCGCAACGGAUAACAAGGAUGACGACCGGCAUAAGUCCGUUCAUCCAUCUGCUUGCUACUGA